CGAAAUGAUAGCACGAAGUGAUGAAAAGCAGUUUAGAGUGAAAUCUCUUUCAUAUAUUUUAGUCCUUUUGUCUCAAAUGAAUCGAAGAACUAAACCAUUGAUUGAUGCGGUGGUCAACCGAUUCACAUAUCAAUCAAUUGAUCCAAAACACUAUAAGGAGAAGUAUUUGAUACGAAUGAUGUCAGCCCUCAGUCAACUCAAUUACGUGGACAUCGCUUUCCUCAAGAAAGCAUCGGAUCUGUUGUGUAAUAAGAAAUUUCUGAAUUCUGUUACGCCUUCGGAUAGACGCGAUCUCUUAGUGGCCAUCAGUCACUCGAACUGGUCUUAUCCAAGACUUCUCAAUGAGUACAUCGAGAAAAUUACGGACACUAACAACGACUUCAGUCCUCAAGACUUUCUGGUGUUUGUGUCGAGUGUGGCGCGUCUUCAUAGUGGCGCCAAUUAUCUGAACGAUAUUUUAGUCAAUUAUGUCAUACCAUAUGUGAAACGAGAGGACUUGGACGCAGAUUCAUGGCUUCUGUACGUGUGGUCGCUGUCUAUCAUUGGAUGCGCGCCUAUUAAUUGUAUCAAAUCUGUUAUGAAUCACGAGUUUUAUAAGCAACUCAUGAAUUUUACCGACAGCGUCGCAGAGAUCGAAAUGAAUGAAAAGAUUGAUUUCGAGCCAAUUGUGGCCAAAAAUCAUAAAACCCUUAAAAGGGAAGUCUCUCUCGAGAAGUAUAGGAAAUAUGUGCUCCAAAUGCUAACAUCAUUUGAGCCCAACAUCUCAACUAAUAUUUCAACUCCUUUUGGAUUCACAAUAGACGCGGAAUUCAUAAUAAACAGAAACAAUGAGUUUCUUUCACUUAAAGAAUACGGAGUAUUAGGCGGCGAUCCGUCUAAUAAAGUGCGAGAACUGCCUCCAGAUUUUAAAAGGUGCGCUAUCAUGUGCUUUGGAUUCAAUGACACCCUUUUGGGGGAAACGGGUCUAAUCGGAACACACGAACUGUCCAUUCGGUUAUUNUCCCAAACGUUUCAAUAACCGAAUGGACAGUUCGUGUGUUCCGAUUAGACCCGUUUCCCCCAAAAGGGUGUCAUUGAAUCCAAAGCACAUGAUAGCGCACCUGAUUUUCACGGUUUAAUCAAAAGUUAAUACAUUU